AUGUCCAAAGAAAUUAAACAAGCAAGAGGAAGAAGAGAUACUUUGAAGAGAAAGAGAGAAGAAAAUCCUGAGAGGGAAGAAGAUCAUGAUACUCAAGAUAUGAAAAAGCGGAGAUCAUCCCAAGAUGAAGGUGUUUCUUUCAUAGGGCUGGACAACGAUAAGACUUUUCCCGCCGGCACAGGUACAAACUCGAUUGAUGUCGCAGAACGACCAUAUUACGGUUUACUCGAAGAUGAAGAACAAGAAUACUUUCGAAGAGCUGAUGAGUUACUUGAAUUGAAUGAUUUCCCUUCAACCGAAGAACGAAGCCUUUUCCUCGCAAAUGUAUACCGGGAAGCUCAAGGGAAGGAAUUGAAGAUUGCUUGUAGUCAAUCAUGUUCGAGAUUGAUGGAACGAUUGAUUUUAUUGAGUACCGCCCAGCAGAAGAAGAAGUUGUUUACUCAAUUUGCGGGAAACUUCCCCCAUUUGGUUUCACAUCGUUUCGCAAGUCAUUGUUGUGAGAUGUUGUUCAUUCAAUCCGCACCUGUUGUUACCGAGGAACUUAUUGGAGAAGAAAAGAAGGACGAAAAGAAGAACGAAAAGAAAGAGGCCGAUGAUGAAGAGGAGGAGGGAAAAGAAAAUGAGGUGACGGAAUCAAUGGAAAGCUUGUUUUUAGCUGCAUUGGACGAACUCGAAGGACAAAUGUCUUCUCUCCUCACCGAUCGAUUCGCAUCCCAUACACUUCGAGUUUUACUCAUUGUCCUUUCCGGGCGACCUUUGGAGAAGUCUUCGACAAAAUCAUUACUACAAAGCAAGAAGAAGGAAAAGAUUGGUAUAAAUGGAUUGGAUACCACCCCCACAGAGUUCUCUCUCAACAAACGUACUGUGCCGGAAUCUUUUUUGUGGGCGAUUGAGAAGAUCAUCUCGGAUACAAUUGCAUCGAUGGAUUUAGCUUUCAUUCAGGUUCUGGUUGGGCAUCCUACUGGAAAUCCUUGUUUGCAAUUGUUACUCGAAUUGGAGCUUUCAAACCCAAACUCGAAAAAGGGCAGUAAUUCUGCUCAGAAAACCCUGAUAUCUACACUUUUACCGGAUGACAUCACCGUUGAAGGCAGUCAAUCUGCCAUCUUCGUCAAUGGUAUUGUCUAUGAUCAAAUUGGAUCUCGCGUAUUGGAAACCAUUAUGACACAUAGUCCCGGAAAGCUAUUCAAACAAAUCUAUCGGGCAAUUUUCAAGGACCGAAUCGCAGGUUUGGCACGGAAUGAAAUUGCAUCUUAUGUUGUUAUUCGAGUAUUGAGUCGUCUUAGCAAAGAGGAUCUUGAGGAAGCGGUAAUAGAAAUCUCUCCCCAGAUUGAAGGUUUGGUUUCCAGAAACCGAACAAACAUUAUCAAGGUCUUGUUGGAACGAUGCAAUGUUCGACGUGCAAGCACUGAGGCUCUAACAAAUAGUAUUGCUGCUGCAUUCGGAUCUGACAAGAAUGAAUUGAUGCUGAAAAUGGCCGAUAUUUCUCUCGAAACACUUACAGCUGCUACCGCACUUCCUCUAGCAGCUGCUGACGAUGGGACACCAGCACCAGUGGUUAUCCACCCAAAACCCACUCCAUCUCAACUUCAUGGAUCUUUACUUGCUCAAACCAUGCUCAAGAUCCCUGGACCACCUGCGCAACUUAUUCAGAAUGCCUUGUUGGCACUUCCUACUUCUACAAUACUUGCUCUCUCUUUAUACCCCACAACAACCCACAUCAUACAAGCAUCACUUCUUCCAUCCCCACCUAAUACUCCAUCAAACCUUCUCUUCCGCCGCAAACUUAUCAACUCUAUCAUCUCACCUUCGGGGACGGUGACAUCUACUCCAACAACUCAACCACCAAUCGUCACGUUAUCCUUGUCAUCUGCAGGAACACAUAUUCUAGACUCUCUCCUACAUACAACAACUACCCCAACCUCUACCUCUUCAGCUUCUCUCUUUUCCCUAAGUGAACGUAUUGCUUUGUCCCUCAUGCCUUACGAAGCUUUAAUUAGAGAAAGCUGGACUGGACGAAUUGUUUGGAGAAAUUGGUCUAUGGAUUUGUUCAAGAGACGAAGAGCAGAUUGGGUAAAGAAGGUUAAGAGUGGUGAGACGGUUGGGAAGAACAUUCCAAAUCAGAUGGUAUUGAAAAGUCAGGAUGGUAAUGCAAAUGGCGUUAUCGGAAAAGAAAUUCUUGGAGAUGGUAUUGGAAAACCCCACGGCAAAGGCAAAAAUGGUGAAAAGGAAGUUGGAGGAGAGAGACAAAAAAGUGCUAUUGAGUUGGCGAGAGAAAAGUUCGCAGCUCAUAAGUUUGUAGGUGGAAAAGGAAAGAGUAUGCCGAUCAAGGCGUUCAAAGCAACAGGUGCAAAUGCUAUUUAA